UAUAAUUUUUCCUUUCUCUCUCUUUUUUAUUUUUUUAUUUUUAUAUAAAGUUAUUAUGGGAUUUUUUCAAUCGUUGUUUAACAAGGAUAAAGGAGUGGCAGUGAAAAAGGAUGUGGUAGCACACCCAGUCAACAAUAAUAACACACCACCGGUAUUGACGACCAGAAACACUACAGGUAAUUUAAACACGGGAGAAACCAGCCUUCCUGCACUGCAACCCCAAAACUCGCAUCAUUCUGUCUCGCUUUCCAGUAUCCUGCCAUCUUCCUCGCCACCUACCUCACCUAAACAAGUCUUACGCACUUCCAGUUCAAUUCAUACCCAUAACAGUAAUAGUACGAAAACGCCGAUCUCAUUAUCCCCACCCGUAUCACAACGAGCCUCACAAGAUCUAGCGAGACCUCCCGCUAGAUUUCAGUUAUUAGAAGAAGGAGGACAUCUUCAUCAUUUGACGCUACCGGCUCCUAACCGGAUUACUGCUUCAUUGAAUGGACUUGUGACUGGGAUUGCGAAUAAAUCUUUACGUCUGACUCAAUGGACCGAAAGAAAGGUCACGUAUGAUGAGGUGCUGAAAGAACGAGCAGCCCUAAACUUACGAUUGCAUCGCACCUCUGAUGAUAAAAAGACCCUGGCAGAAAAAUGGGGCACGUGUCAAGAAACAAUAGGAAAGGGCACUUCCGGUGUAGUCAGAGUCGCUCACAAGGUAGAAGGAACAGGUGAACGUUUGUACGCCGUUAAAGAAUUACGUAAACGCCAUGGAGAAAAUUCCAAAGAUUAUGUCACACGAUUGACAUCCGAAUACUACAUUUCUUCCACUAUGCAUCAUAUCAAUAUCAUUCGCACCUUUGAUUUAUUACCCUUAAACGAGACGUCACCGAUCUUUGCUCAAGUGAUGGAAUACAGUGGCGGUGGAGAUUUAUUCGAUGUCCUGUACGAUUGUCCAGAUGGAUUAGAAGUAGCUGAAGCCAACUGUUUCUUUAAACAAUUAAUGCGGGGUGUCACUUACCUUCAUACCAUUGGCGUAGCCCAUCGUGAUUUGAAACCCGAGAAUUUACUCUUGACAACCACGGGAUGUUUAAAAAUCUCGGAUUUUGGCUCUGCUGCUUGUUUCAAGGGGGCCAUCAUGGAUAGUGAUGGAGAAGAAGAGGAUGAUGAAGAAACCUGCUCAAAGAUUCACUUGAUUCGUGGUUUAGUCGGCUCAGAACCUUAUAUCGCACCCGAAGAGUUUACACAAUCGAAUUAUGAUGCUCGUUUAGUAGAUGUGUGGAGUUGUGGUAUUAUUUAUAUGGCCUUGAGAAAGGCAUCACAUUUAUGGCAGGUAGCAAAAGCAGGGGAAGAUGAAGCUUACGAUAAGUAUUUGAAAUUUCGACAGUUACUGGAUGAAGAACGAGAGAAUGCGAGAAGGGAACAUGCACGAAGAAAGGGGCUGGAAAAAACCAUGUCACAAGAGGAAAGAGCACAGGAACGUAUACAACGUGAGACAAGUGUGUUAAAGGCAAGAGAGACUAUUCGAAAACGUGCCAAGGAAGGAAGGUUUGAUACUUUGGAUGGUAUUGAUAUUAAUGCAAAGAAAAUCAUUUAUCGUAUGUUGGAUCCUCAACCUCAGAAAAGAAUUACGGCAUCGUGUGUGCUGGAAAGUGAAUGGUGUCAGGCAAUUGAUUGCUGUCAACCUGAAGAAUAAUUCCAAAUACUCAAUAUUUUCUUUCCUCUCCCCCCCUUUUUUUUUCUUCGUGUACAAAUAUCCUUGUUUAUAUAUUAUUAUUAUUUCUUUCUACCUUCUUUUUUUUUAAAUUAGUAGCUCAAUAAAAAAAAAAGGCUCAUUAAUAGAAUAGAUGGCCCUCCGCGAUUUUUUUUUUUUGUAUAUAUUUC